AUGCGUUUCACAAAUUUGAAAUGUGAAAGCUUGAAACCCGAUUUCGCAAUAUUUGAAGUAUGCCGGCUUUCUGUGGUCAAACGUGAUAUAAUUUCGUUAAAUGUUAAUGUGAAAUUGCUAAAGGGACCUGUUAAUCAUUCAACGAUUAAUUUGUCGUUUUUUAAAAAAUUGAGUGGUUAUCGGCCAUUUUUGUACAAUAGCACCUACGACUUUUGUGAAUUCAUGAAAAAUCGAAAUCGAAUAAUGCAUGCGAAAUUAUUUCUAGAUGCCAUACUCAAGGAGUCGAAUGUCAAUCAUACAUGUCCCUAUGAUCACAACAUAAUUGUGGAUAACUUAGUUCUGGAUGAGAGUAAAUUUAAAUAUUUUCCAUUACCACGUGGUGAUUACAUGUUCCAAAUGAAAGUAGCUGCCUACAAUGAUUGGAAAGCGGAUGUGAAAAUCUAUUUCAGUAUUUUGGGAGAUUUAUAA